AUGUCCGAUAAUAUUGUUGUGUCUUCACUUAAUAUGGAACUCAUGGAUUGCCCAAUAUGCUGUGAACCCCUUACAACUCCAAUUAUUCAGUAUGAAAAUGGGCAUGCAACAUGCAACGCAUGCUCGGAGAAGACUCAAAAGUGCCAUUCUUGCACCCUGCCUAUCAGAAGAAUGAGGAACCGGAUUCUUGAAGAUGUUGCUGACUCUUUGAGAGUUUGUUGCUCGUUCAAGAAUUAUGGAUGCCCAGCAACUGUUAGGUACCCCGAUAAGAUCAACCACGAAAAGUUCUGUUCUUUCAUAGAGUGCUCAUGCCCCAUUGAAGUUUGCAAUGUCAAGGGAACCUCUGAAAUGAUUUAUGCUCACUGUAAAAUGAUGCAUAAAGAUUUUGUGAAGCCGUUUGUUUUUGGUCGUAAAUUCCCUGUUUUUGUCCGGCUGAAUGAUAAUUUCUUUAUUCUCCAAGAGGAAAACACAGACAUUGUGUUUGUUCUGAACAACACAACGUGUUCUUAUGGGAAUAUUCUUACAAUUUGUUGUCUUGGACCGUUAGCAGCUGGAUGCUGCCCCUAUGAAAUUGAAGUGAAUGCCAACUCAAGUCACAAGUUUCACAGAACUACCCAGAACAUUCAAGGCACCGGCAAUUACUAUCGUUCUUUUUCAGGGUUCCUUCUUGACAGUGACCACGAAUUUUUUGCUGACGGUAUGAUCAAGAUGGAGUUUUGUGUUUAUCGCGCACCGGAGCUUGCUUAA